UUGAUGGUUUGAUGGUUUGAUGGUUUGAUGGUUUGAUGGCUUGACUGAAAAAGAAUCUCUUCAUGAUUAUCGAACCUUACUUUAACAUAUUGCGCGUUCGAGACAUUCAUUGCAUUAUCUUACUCGCCCUGGUCUUAACACCAAUCCAUUUCGCAAUACUACUGGACCUCUCCACCAUUCCUUAAUAUUUCACCAUAACAUGGUCACUAUGGCGUCAAAUCAUGACGAAUCUUCAGCAUUGCGCCAUAACGUCGAAUUGGAUCUGGAGCGGUCAAGAAGGAAUACUUCAACAGGAGACAUUCAAGAAUUAUGUUUGGCAACAAAAGCACAAUCGAAUCGCGAAAAUCUUGAUACCGACAUAGUUGAAUCCAUUGAACCUCUUUCAAUGGAAGAUAAUUGCAGAGCCGAUCACGAUCAUUCAGAUCCUACAAUCACCAUCUCGUCGACAAGUAAAUUGGCUGGCCAAACCGUUGCGCCUUUCCUUGCGAAACACAUCCCAGAACAAUACGCUCCUUUUGGCCCCCCACAAACUACAUCAAUCUCACGAAAGGAUCCAAAUACCAAAUACUGUUAUCGACAUCGACCGGAUUCGAAAUGUCGUAGAACCGCAGAUGAACCUACAAUGGAGAAUCUACAAAGAGAGCUUGAGACCUUGUCGCAAUCAGAUCAACAAGGUAUCUCUCAUGUUUGGACACUCUUCUCCGCUGCGCCAUCGAAACAUCGAAACCUCAUGCUUCAAGGCAUCUUAUCGCAAUGCUGCUUUCCACAAUUAUCCUACCUCUCCUCCGCUGUCAAGAAUCUCAUUCGCAUUGAUUUCAUUACAGCUUUACCUUCUGAAAUCUCCUUCAAAAUUCUCUGUUACCUCGAUACAACUUCUCUAUGCAAAGCUGCUCAAGUCAGUAGACAAUGGCGAAUAAUGGCGGAUGAUGAUGUGGUUUGGCACAAAAUGUGUGAACAACAUAUUGAUAGAAAAUGUACAAAGUGUGGAUGGGGCUUACCGUUGUUGGAACGAAAACGAUUGAGGGAUUGGAAAAGACAACAGCAAUUGAGAGCUACAGGAUUAGGUCUCAAUGGUCAAUCACCUCAAAUCACAGCCAUGUCAGAUACUUUGCGCAAUACGGAAACACGUGUGGUGACAUUGAAUGCUUCAGGGAAGAGAAGUGCCACUGAGUCGGAGUUCUCAGAAGAAAGUUCAAAGCGACAACGUACCAAUCCAGAGGAAUCAUGUCUUGGAAGACCAAGAUUUAGGCCAUGGAAGGACGUAUACAAGGAUCGAUUCAAGGUUGGAACCAAUUGGAAAUAUGGUCGAUGCUCGUUAAAAAUAUUCCGAGGUCAUUCGAAUGGUGUUACUUGCUUACAAUUCGAUGACAAUAUCCUCGCUACCGGAUCUUAUGAUACGACCAUCAAGAUUUGGGAUAUCGAAACGGGAGAGUGUUUACGAACUUUGCGUGGUCACACAUCUGGAAUUCGAACAUUACAAUUUGAUGAUACCAAGUUGAUCAGUGGAAGUCUUGACAGAAGUAUUCGAGUUUGGAAUUGGCGUACUGGAGAAUGUAUGUCUUCUUAUCCGGGUCAUACUGAUGGAGUUGUGGGUCUUCACUUUGAAGGAAAUCUUCUUGCCUCAGGUUCUAUCGACCGAACAGUUAAGGUCUGGAAUUUUGAAGAUAAAUCUACAUUCAGUUUACGAGGUCACAAGGACUGGGUUAAUGCCGUCAAAGUUGAUUCGGCUUCCAGAACAUUAUUUUCUGCUUCUGAUGAUUGUACUAUUCGCCUUUGGGAUCUGGACACUCGACGUACAAUCAAGACUUUUGAAGGUCAUGUGGGUCCAGUUCAACAAGUCACCAUUCUACCACCCGAGUAUGAAUUUGAUGAUGUGGAUGUUGAAGAGGCAGAUGAUGGCACAUCAAGUACAGCAUCAUCAACUGAACUCAACCGACCAAUAGGAGAAAGUUGUUCUUCCUCCCAAGGAUCCUCUCUCUUCGAUUCUUGGCCAGCAGGUCGUCCUCGUCCUCCUCGCUACAUCCUAACCGGUGCUUUGGACAAUAAUCUUCGCCUUUGGGAUGUAUCAACAGGUCGAUGUCUUAAAACACUCUUUGGUCACGUAGAAGGUGUAUGGGCACUUGCAGGUGAUACAUUGAGAGUUGUGAGUGGAGCCCAAGAUAUGAUGACCAAAGUUUGGGAUGCGAGGACGGGGAAAUGCGAUAGGACAUUUACGGGUCAUAGAGGCCCAGUUACAUGUAUUGGAUUAAGUGAUAGUAGGAUGUGUACAGGAAGUGAGGAUUGUGAAGUUAGACUUUAUAGUUUCAAGGGGGAAGUAGAGGGGCAGGAAAAGGGGAGUGAGGGUACGGGAUUUAUUGAGGAGGGGACGACACCUUAAGGGGAAGUAAAGAGAAGUUUUGUUGCAUUUGGGUUUGAUUUAAGUUACUAGCCGACUGGCUAUUUAUGGACGGAUGGAAAGAUACCUUUUUGCAAUGUUCAUCGUUGGUGGUCUUCUUUCAAGAUAUUUAUUGGCAAACAUCAAAUGGAAUUUAUGAUGGGAGUUUGGAAAUUGGGGUUUGAUAUAAAUCAAUGGGAUAUCCUUUCUUCAUCAAUAAAUGAAGAUAUUUUGGAGUUCAAAUAGGAAAGGGUUGGACUUGGAGUUUUGAUUGUUUGUUGGAUGAUGAACUGGGAGGUUCUUCGGACUAUGAAUGGCGGAUUGGUAGAUGGAUGGAUAGAAUGGUUGGAAUGAAAGGGAUGAAAGGGAGGGUAUGAUUAGACAGAAUUAUGUUGACAUGUUUAUUUAAUAAACAUAAUCUUUACUUUGUGGUAUGGGAAUUGGGGAUGGGGAUGGAUUAGAUAAAAUUCAUUUAUAUAGGGAAGUUGUAAUGAAUAUGGUGUGGAGUGGUAUUGAAUGAAAUGAAUUGAACAGAAAUGAAAUGAAAUGAGCUGG